AUGACAUGUUCAGCUCCAACUGAUGGAAUUGAUGAUUCCAUUCGAGUAUCUGCUUCAGUCUCCGGUGACGUUCUUGGACCAGCAUUGAAAAAUCUUAAAAAUCUGAUUCGAAUGCCACAUGGUUGUGGUGAACAAGUUAUGAUAACUUUUGUUCCUAAUCUCUUAAUCAAUGAAUAUUUAACAGUAACAAAUCAAAUGACGCCAGAAUUGCUAGGAGUCAUUAAAGGGUAUUUAGAAAACGCUUAUCAAAAAAUGCUUUCUUUCCGUCAUACUGAUGGAUCAUUUAGCGCCUUUGGAAAAAAAGACACAUUUGGAUCAACAUGGCUAACAGCUUAUGUUGCUAAAUAUUUCCGAGCAGCUCAAUCUGUCAUUGACAUCGAUGAACUUGUGAUAGCAGAAGCUUUAGAGUUUCUCAAGUCAAAACAGAACAAGGGCGGAAGCUUUCGAGAAGAUGGAAUCGUAUUACAUGAAAACCUUCAAAGUGAAACAAGCGGGGGUGUCGCAUUUACAGCAUUUGUCGCUCUAGGAAUUCAAGAUAAUCUUGAAUUGUAUCCUGAAUAUAAAGAUAAUGUUGACAAUGCGGUUAAUUAUAUCAUGGAAAAUUGUCAAACAUGUGAUUUGUACUCACUUGCACUCGCAACUUAUCUUCUUCAUCGAACUGACAAUCACAACAAAGGAAUAUUCAUAGAAAAACUCAUGGCAAACAAGACAAAGCAAUCAGAAUACAUUUAUUGGAAGAAUCAACCACCAACAAAAGAAACAAGCUCUAUAGAUAUCGAAAUAACUUCAUAUGCACUUUUGACAAUCAAUCUUAUUUCAGAACUUUAUGAUGAUGGAUUUAAAAUUCUUCAUUGGCUUGUUUCACAGCAAAAUUUUAAGGGAGGUUUUAUAUCAACUCAAGACACUGUUGUUGCUCUACAAGCAAUAACUAAAUUUGCUUCAAAGUUUUCAACAGAAGAAGCAAACUUAUCAGUUGAUAUUCAACCUGAAUUUGGUGAAAAUGUUCACGCAGCAAUCAAUCAAAAUAAUCGGUUAACAACCCAAACAUAUUUUCUCGAUAAAAAGGUGAGAAUGAUUAACGUUGUGACCAAAGGAAAGGGCUACGCAGUCGUUCAAUUGUCAUGCAAUUAUCAUCAAGAAGAUUGUUACGUUAAUCAAGGUUUCAAUCUUUCAAUGUCAUUUGGAAAUGAUUCUUGUGAUAAUAAAUUGAUAUUCAACGUGUGUGCUUCUUAUUCAAGCAAUGAACCCUACAGCAACAUGAUCGUCGUCAAGAUUGAUUUUCCAAGCGGAUUUAUUUUUGAUUUCGACACAAAAUUGGCAAAUGAAAUACAAAAACUGGAAGAAACAGCUGGUGGCUCAUCAGUGAAUGUUUAUAUGAACAGUUUAUCUGUUAACAAUACUUGCUUUAAUCUCACAGCGUUAAGAAUGAUGCAAGUUUAUAACGAAGCGACAUCAAACAUUGAAAUUCUUGAUUUUUACGAUACAAAUAAAAGAGCAGCAAUUUUCUACAAAACGCCAUCUAAUUUACCAAAAUGUUACGACAGAUCAGAAACUGCUCUGCCGCCUGUAGAAAAGUUUACAACUAUGGAAACGCUUCUAACGACUCCUACGACUCCUAUUACAUCAACAUCUUAUAUUCCAAGCCUCCCCUCUGUUCCAUCAUCUAGUCCUAACUUUAAUGAUUAUUAUGAUCUUUCAGACGAAUCAAGGGCAUCACCUUUAUAUUCAGAAGACAAUUCUUUCGCAUACAGUUCAAAUUCAGAUGAAGAACUAUCAAAUCCAACUUAUGAAUCAAAAUUUUCAUCUGAAUUAUCUGAAGCAGAAUCUUCUGACAAUGAAAUUUCCUCGGAAAAUGAACCAGGUGGAGAUUAUUCUGUUCCAAUUUAUGGACCAAUCGAUGAAGUUUCUUCUGUA